UUUCUCUAACAAUCCUGUCAUCUUCUCCAGGUUUCUUGAAUCAGGGUUUCUCCGAUUACCAGUUAGGGCGAUGUAUCCCUCUGCCCACAACAACCUGCCCCCGGAGAUCAUCGAAGAAAUACUUCCUCUGUUGCCCCCGAAUUCACUGUGCCGCUUCAAGUCGGUUUCAAAAAAAUGGAACUCACUCAUUUCCAGCCCCCAAUUCAUCAAAACCCACCUCCUUCUAAACCAUCAUACCCCAAAAUUGAUUGCCCUUUCCACUACAGGUUCACUCUACUCAAUCGACAUAACCGAAACCCUCGACAGCGAUUGUAUACCCGCAACCGCAAAUGAACUGCGUAUUCGGUCACCUCCCCUCCGGUGGAAACAGAUCUUGGGAUCCUGCAACGGACUCCUUCUAGCGAAAGACGAAAACGAUACGAUAUUCGUGAUGAAUCCAAUGACACAAGACCUCUGGAAAGUUCCUCUUUGCCCUUUUGCACCCGUAUAUGAAGAAUUUGAAGAGGUUUAUGUUAGGUACGGAUUCGGUUACGAUUUAUCCACGGACGAUUAUAAAAUAGUCUCGAUAUCGUUUUGGAACCCCUACAGCUAUCAUGAUUCCAAGGAGACAUUUGUAUGCGUUUAUAGCUUGCGUAACAACUCAUGGAGAAAAUUGCCUGAUUGUAAUUACUAUGAACACGAUUACACCGUGGUGGAUGAUGUUAUCAACGGUGUUGUCAUCAACCAGUGUCUUCACUGGUCAGGAAGACAAUUCGAGAUCGCUGGGUUUAAUUUAGCAAGUGAAGAAUUCAAGCAAAUGAAAUUUCCUGGUGUUUCAGUUAGAUUUGGCAUAAGUUUGUUUAGCACCAUGGUUGAUGUUGGCGGGAAACUUGGUGUGUUUAUGAGGAGCGAGGAGGCGGGUUUUGAGUGUUGUGUGAUGGAGGAGUAUGGUGUUGCUGACUCUUGGUCCAAGGUGCGUAUUCAUGGAAUUGAGGAAAAUAGAGUUUGGCCAGUGUGUUUGCUACAAGGAAGAAAUCGGGAAAUUGUGUUUCAGCGAAGAGAAGGUGGAAUGGUUGUGUACAAUAUAGAUGAAAGAAGACGCAGAGACGUAAGGAUCGUGGGUGGCCCGGGUGGUAAUGUCAAUGUAUUUCCAGGUACGUUUGUUGAAAGCCUAGAAUCACCUAACGCGUCAUGAUAGCAUCUUAACCUUUUAUAAAAUCUAUUUAGUAACUACUUAUAUUAUAUUAUGCUAAGAAGGAAGACUUUAGAUCCAUAUGUAGCUAGCUGUGUUGGAAUCAAGCGGACAAAAUUUUCAUGAUAUUGUUUAGUGUGGUUUGGUUUGGUUCGCUGAUUCUCUUGUAAUUGUUCUUUUGACUCUUUAAGAUAUGAUAUGGUUAUCUAAUAUAAAAACCAACUUCCAUUA